AUGUCGCCUUACUCGAAUGUGGCUUUGAUUGGAGCUAGUAUUUCAACCAGCCGUGGAGGUGGUAACCUUGGUCAAUCUAUCCUCAAGGCGCUGCUCGCUUCCAGGUUUAAUGUGACGGUCCUUUCGCGCGCCGAGUCGACGACUAAAUUUGACCCAACUGUCAAGUUGUCUAGACAAGAUGCUCUCGUUCUCGCCGUUGGCAGUGCUUCGCUCGAUUUUCAAAAGGAAAUAAUCGAUAUUGCUGUCGAAGUGGGCGUGAAGCGAAUCAUCCCCUCAGAGUUUGGAAGCGAUCUCACCAAUGAAGCUACCCUUAAAGCCGUCCCGGUCUAUCAGCAAAAGGUCGAUAUCAUGGAGUAUCUCAAGAAGGCCGUGGCUUCUCAUCCGCAAACGACCUGGACGAGCAUUGUUUCCGGUCCAUUUUAUGACUGGGCGCUGUGUGGUCCGCCUGCUUUCCCAGCCGGAAAAUACAAGAACCAAUACAUCUUCAUCAGCGAGUACACCAUCUGCCAGAACGACAUCUUCGCAGCCGUCCAGCAGGCAACUGGAACCACCGUCUCGGACUGGAAAGUAGAACACUGCGACGCCGAGGCCCUGCGCAAGAAGGGAUAUGAGCGUGUCGAGAAGGAGGAUUUUUAUGGUCUUUACGAUCUCAUCUUUGCGGCGCAUUUUCAGGCCGGACACGGGGCGGAAUUCUCCACGAUCAGGAAGCUCGAGAACAAAGCUAUUCGGCUAGAAGGCGAGGGAGAGUCUUUGUUGGACUGUACCAAACGGGUUCUCUCUGAGAUCUAG